AACAUGUUUCUUGGAUUUAGCUCCUUGGUUAUGGUAACACGGAGUAGGGCGUGGUGUAAGUGCUCCACGGUAGAUCGCUAUCUUGCACUGGACACUGGAAUAUUCAUACCGUAAGCAGCGUUUUUUGUGCAUUCAGAGGCAGUAGUUUGUGCUCUCAAAAAGGAAACCUAUGGCAAAAUGCUAACUUUGGGGGAAAGAAAGAAUUGUGUAGACCAGUGCAGUUGUCUCCUUGCAUUGUACUGGACCCAGAUCAAGGGUGGCUGCACAGGAUUACCUUACUCUAAUCUGAAGCGUGUGUGAAAAGGACUCAGCAGACGACAGGGACAGAACCUGCCAUUGUACUCGGACAACAGGCCCAAGGGGAGAUGAUCAGAUCUCAUUUGCUGGGUGCUGAUGAGGCAGUGUCUAACUGAAUGGCUGAGGAAAGGAUCAGGUUAAACAGCAUCAUGUUUAGAGUAGUCCACAGUAGGUUAAGUCUUUUUAAAGCAGCGGUUAUAACAGGAAGCAAAAGAAAAAAUAAUGAAAUGUCUUUAAAUUAAAUACAAGACAGCCUGCACAUUUUUUCUCAGAGGAAUCCUGAAUUGCUUUGAGGACUGAUAAUAAGGCAUACACAGAUUGCACACACAGAGAGAGUUUGUGCACUUCCGUAUCUUGCUAACUCAGGCUACUGCUGCAGCCUACUCUAAAAAUUGUCUGAUUUAGAUGCUAUUUAUGAGGAUUACUGACAGCAGAGGAUUCUCCUCUUUGUGAUUUUAAAUAUAUAAUCCAGUGGCUGACUCAUCGUUCAUCCUUAGGGAUUUUGCAUAAUUUAUAACCUUGCUUGCAUCCAUCACCCAUCACCGGUUCUCUUUGUUUUGACAGAUCUUGCAGUGAACACUGAUGCUGAAAGGAUUCGCUCCCGACAAAUAAGAUAAUCAUGAGCAUAAGUACGCUCAGGGAAACAACAACAACAGCUUCAAAUGGCACUGUCUCACUAAUAUGAGCAUUCUUCAGGGCCAUGUGGUUUGUGGUGCAACAGACAAAUGGACGACUGGACAAAGAUGUCAUCUUUCAUCUGAAAUAAUAUGGUCUACCACGCACGGUCUUGGCAUGUCUUUGAACCACCAUUUCAGUCAGAGGACAAUGCAUCGUCAGUAAACAGCUGUGACACAGGACCUAAGGACAUUGACUAUUUGUUUGUAUAAAUGGACCCCCCUGUGACUGGAGGUCUACAGUAACAUUUUUGGGGGGUCUUGCGGAACGAAAUCCCCCAAAGUUACUCUGUGCUCACUCUGGAGAUGCUGCAGGCCAACAACUUCUCAGUGGUGCUGCUGAUCCAGCUGACGCUCCUCACCUUUGACCUCUUUGUGAACUCUUUCAGUGAGCUACUGAGAUCCUCACCAGUAAUCCAGCUUGUGCUUUUCAUCAUUCAAGACAUCAGCUUGCUCUUCAACCAGUUCAUCUUCCUGCUGAUGCUGUUUAACACCUACGUGUUCCAGGUGGGGCUGAUGUCUCUGCUGCUGGAGCGCUUCAGGGCGCUCAUUAUGCUGUCUAUGCUCUACUUGCUCUUCAGCAUCUCCCUCCAUUGCUGGAUGAUGAGUCUGCGCUGGAUGAAAUCUGAUCACUUUGUAUGGACGAAUGGACUACUUGUUCUGUUUACCCUCCAGAGAACAGCUGCUGUGUUAUACUAUUACCUUUACAAGCGGACUGCUGAGUGUCUUGGAGACCCACGCCUCUAUAAAGACUCUCCUUGGCUACGUGAGGCCUUUGAACGGUCACGUCAGUUAUGAGAGAACAGUGGGUCAAAGUGGAACUGUUUUGACAACAGACAGCAUGGAGCCGUCAGGACUUACAGAGCCCAUGCUGUGGACAGAGGCAAAAUGGAGUCCACGCAAAACAGGGAAGUUGGUUAACUUUCAGAAUGUGAGCAGCUGAAUGAACGCUCAAUCAGUGUCGUUCAAAUAUGAGUGAAAAGGGAAAUGGAUGCAUGUUUGUGACAGUGUGGCUGUUCGAUCUAGGGAUGCAUGAUAAUAUCGGCAGGACAAUGGUAUCAGACAAUAAGAACUUAAGAAUUGAAUCAUCAGCAGAUAUAAAAGUGUAUGCCGAUGUGCCUCGCCGAGAAAGUAUCAGGGAAACACAAACACCAGUUUAAGUAGGAUGAUAAUUACAUAUUACAUAUUUUACCUCUAGUCCAAGUUAUAAUGAUUUCCUUAUUUUAUUUAGGGUAGAAUCAAAGGAAAUGUUUGUAUGUCCGUUUCUACAAGUAGCCCAUAACAAUAAGAGUAUUAGGUUAAUUAUAGUACAGGAGAGGCCAAAAUGAGUUUGAAAAUAUCGGCAUGUCGAAUUUCAGCAACAAUCCAACAUCGUGCAUCCCUAGUUCAAUCCAUUCCCGCUUCCAUUUAUAUUUGUUAUGGUUAUACUAUCCUUCAUGAUUAUUGCCUAUUACAAUUCAUAGUUUCAUAAAAGUUUAUAUGAAACACUUUGGAGUAAAAAUAUGAAUCUGUGUGUGUGCCAGGUUGCCUUGGAUGAUAGAGCUCGCUAUUACAUUUGAAUGUACUUGUGCUUCUACAAACUCAAAUACAGAUGUGUGAGAAAAGUAA